AUGGGAUUGCUCCUGAAGAUUUUCAUCCCUUUGCUGGGAGCAGCACUGGCCUUUUAUUUUUAUUCAGCCCCUGAGAACUUCGAUGAGGAGAUGCUCCGGGGCAAGCGGGUGAUCGUGACGGGAGCCAGCAGCGGCAUCGGGGAGCAGAUGGCUUAUCACCUGGCACGGAUGGAGGCCCACCUGCUGCUCACGGCACGGACUGAGGCCAAGCUGCAGAAAGUUGUGGAGCGGUGCCUGGAGCUCGGCGCUGCCUCCGCCCGCUACAUCAGCGGCUCCAUGGACAGCCCCAGCCUGCCCGAGCAGGUGCUCAGGGAGGCUGAGAACACCUGGGGUGGCCUGGACAUGCUGAUCCUGAACCACAUCGGCCAGAGCAGCUUCUCCUACUUCAGCGGGGACGUGGGGCACGUCCGGAAGCUCAUGGAGACCAACUUUGUGAGCUACGUGGCCUUGGCCACGGCUGCCCUGCCCCUGCUGAAGGAGAGCGAGGGCAGCAUCGUGGUGGUUUCAUCCAUUGCAGGCAGGAUUGCUGGCCCUUUUACUGCUCCCUAUUCUGCAACCAAGUUCGCCUUGGAUGGAUUUUUCAGCUCCUUGAGGCAGGAACUCAUCAUAGACAAGGUGAACGUUUCCAUCACCCUCUGCAUCCUGGGCUACAUCAACACAGAGAACGCCGUGCGCGCCGUGUCCCACGUCAUCCCCGACACGCCAGCCCCCAAGGAGGAGUGUGCCCUGGAGAUCAUCCGUGCCGGAGCCCUGCGCCGCAGGGAGCUGCACUACCCUGCCCGCGCCGUGGGCACCGCGCUCCUCGUCCGCAGCAUCGCCCCCGAGCUCCUGGACUCGCUGGUCCGCAGCAGCUACCGCCUGGAGAACGUCAGGAGAACGUAGUGCCCGCCUGGGUGGGACAGCUGGGGCUGGCAGGAUGGGUCUGGGGGCUCACCCAGCUGCUCGGGUGCCCCUCUGCACCCCGGGGCAUCCCUGUGCUGGCACAGGGCACUCCAGGAGUCUGUGGCGCAGCACAGAAAUGUCCUUUUUAGUAUUGGACUCUUGGAAAGGGAUUUUUCCAGCCAGGAGGCA